CUUCAUUAUAGUACCUACGCUCGUAGGAAGUAGAUGCUCCGUCUCGUAUCGGCCAAUUUACGCAGUACGUCCACGUAAAAAACCGACAAUUUCGUGUAAUCGAGUCCCAAUUACGACGCGAAUUACACGUAUUAAGCGAGAGCGCUUUACUGCGACUACCCUAAUCAAUGUCAUUAACUCCUCCGAUCGUUAUUAGGUCCGGAUUUAUACGCGCGAUUUGACUGUUUUUUCGGAAGUGACGAUUUUAUUUAUUUUUUUACCCAAACAACCCUCACGCGGAUCUGUGACAGUGAUCUCCUAAAAGUGCACCAUCAGUGAAACAUUUAUGAGACAACGGACCCGAAGGUGAAGUGAACGAACAGAAAACAACAGACAAUAACUAAAAAUCGGCAGGAUUUGAUGUGCGUCGCUAAGGUGUCGAGGUGAACCAUCAGCAGCAGCAGCCUUACAGUGUAUCCCCCGGCGUACUCACCCGCUGUUAACGUCGGAACGCCUGCCGACGUCUCCACCGUGGACUCCAAGCAGUUCACCACGCUCAACUUCACCGAUCUGGGUUCCCCGUUCGGGGGCCCUCAGGAGGAUCCACCCGGGACGCCUACCAUGUCUAGCGAGGGACACUUGGGGCCGCCAACCCCUCACGAGUCCAACAACUCGACCCCGGUCUCGAAGAGCGCCUUCAUAGAGCUGCAACAGCACGGCUACGGCCCGCUCAGGACCAGCUAUCAGCACCACUUCAACUCUCCGGCGGGGAACGCUCACGGUGGACCUGGUGGCGGUCACGACGGAGGCUUCCCGAGCCCCAGGAGCGCCCUGAGCGCCUACCCCUUUCCCCCGAUGCACCAGAAUUCUUAUACCGGAUACCAUCUAGGAUCUUAUGCCGCCAAUUGUCCACCCUCUCCCAAAGAUGACGACAAAUGCUUGUCGCUGGAAAGGCCUUCCGGUGGCGGAAAAGGGAAGAAAAUGAGGAAACCUCGCACGAUAUACUCCAGUUUGCAGCUGCAACAGUUAAACCGAAGAUUUCAAAGGACACAAUACUUAGCUUUACCGGAAAGGGCGGAAUUGGCAGCUAGUUUAGGAUUAACGCAAACUCAGGUUAAAAUAUGGUUCCAGAACAGACGGAGUAAAUACAAGAAAAUGAUGAAAGCGGCACAGGUACCCGGAGGUAACAACAACAAUGGAACGCCUGGGGGCCACGCGGGGCUCCUUGGCUCUAAUGCCAACCUGCCAUCGUCGAGUCCAGGGCCGCAGGGCCAGGGUAUGAUGCAAGGCGGAGGCUCGUCGAGCGGCUCCCCGUCGACGGCCGGCUACAUGCAGCACGGCUCGUCCCCGGCUCCCAGUUCCACCCCCGGGUCGGACAUGUCCGGCCACCAGGGAGGCGGCGCGCCCAGUCCAGGCUCGACGGCGGGUUGGGGCGACGUAAAACCGGGCUGGGGAGACGUGAAGCCCCAGCAGCCCAUCCAUCCGCCCCAUCAUCCGCACCCCGCGCCGCCCCAUCCCCACGCGCCGCCGCCCCACAACUACCUGCCGCAGUACUCGUGGUAUCCCACGGACAAUCCGGGCCUUUUAACGUGAAGUAUGGCCAGCAGUCUAGUGAAUCCGAAGUGAUCAGUUACUAAUCUAGGAAUCGAUAAACAAAUUGAAAACAUACAAAGUGGACUCUAAAAAGAGCGUUGAGUGUUAUAGAUAUGUUACAUUUGUCUAUUAUGUUGUUACUAAGUUGUAUAGUUAACGAGAAAGUUAUAUAUUCCCGGUGAGAACAGAUCGAGACGGUAGUGACAGUUCCAGAUUAUGUAUAAUUUGAAUUUCGUAAAGUUUCUGGUGCAAUAUGUAAACAAAAUUAGAAGGUGAAACGUUCGAUCCAAGAUAUGUUUGAAUUGGUACUCGACACGAAGCUAUCUUGAUUGUAGAUAUAGCCAAGUGUACAUAAAUUAAUAUUUUUCAAUUCCGAUGAGUCAUUCCGCGGCCUCGACUUCUUGGAAAUGCUGGAUUUCCUGGGAAACGGAAUAAUUCCUCGUUUUAUUAUUUUUUUUCGAAGCUAUCCUCUUGUCGAGUACCCCCCUCGUCAUUUUGAUUUUAUUUCAGAACGAUAAGCACACGGUUGUGGAAUAAAAUUGUAAAUUAUGUCCAAUCCGACUGUAUGUCGGUUAUGAUGUUGUACAGGCUGUUUCUCCAAAGAGGUACGAGCGAUCUCCUGUGAUCAAUUGUUGAUUUUCAUGAAUACUUUGCAUCCGCAUCCACUUCCGUUCUCUCUUUGGCCGAAACGGCGGUUGUAUACUGAUUUUUAGUGAUUCCUGUAUAAUAAUAUAAACUAAUAGUUGUUGAUGAUUGUGGUGCGUGUAAAGUAAAAAAGAAGAUGUACCUUAUAAUGUAAAGUAGUGUUAAUUCGAUCAGAACCUGUCUUUUAUUUAGAUUGAGAUAUUAUUAUUACAUGAAAAAAUUUCUAAAUGUGUACAAUAUAUAUAAAUAACGAAAAA